AUGGCAGAUCCGCCAAAGAAAGCUUGGAAGCAAAGCACGGUGCUUUCUGAUCUUCCUGAAGAAUUGCUGGCUGAGAUUCUGUCAAGAUUCCAAGUCAGGACCCUUCGCAAGUUAAGGUUAGUAUGCAAACAAUGGUACAACCUCUUGUCAAACCUUGAAAUCUUCUGGACUUUACACCACGAAAAAUCCCAGAAAAAUCCAGUGCAUUUUUAUUUGAGCCAAAAGCACGAGAAAGAGGGAACCGGGUGUGUUACCUCCUGCAAGAUACGUGGUGUAGAUGGGAAUGGAGUUGUCACGUUCGACCAUUCUCUUCCUUCACUUGUACAUGGGCGGGAUGAUCGUCGGGAAAUUUAUGAAAUAGUUCCAUCAUUUUCACUACAAUGCCGAGAUUUUAUAUGGUUAUCAAGUCCAGAUAUGUUUUAUAUAUAUAAUCCUAAUAUUCCAAAACUCAUCGACUUGCCAGAGGUCACCCCCAAUAUUGACAAUUCGAACUGGAUGGCAGGGGGUAUUGGAUUCGAUCCCACCCAUGGUUCGAAGUCUCGGCCGAGACCGAGACGACUCGGCCGAAUCGUCACCGUCUCGGCCCCUACCGAUACGAUACCGUGA